GUCAGAUUUCUGCACAACACCCAUUGUCGCCUGGUUACGGGAGCUAGAGCUAGCCCGUUAGCAGCGUCUGUAAAGCCUUCGGUAUUCUUAUGUACCGCCAGCUCUUUGUGCCAAGUAGAGACAGUCACGAAUGGUGAGGAUAGAAUGCAGAGUUCUCAACUUGUUUUCUGGUCACUUUUUGAAAGCUGUACAUUUAUGGCGUUUGUCAGUGUGAGUGGAGACUUCUGCCAGGCACAGCACCUGGUCAUUGUAGACAAGUGAAAAGAGGGCCUGCCUUAUGAAGAUUUACUACCUGACUGCCCGUCUUACAUUCUGUACUUUCGGGGAGCAUCUUUUAUUGUCCAAAUCUUAAGUGAAUGAAUCGGUUUGAGCCAAUUUAGGUACUAGAGAGUGAAGCGUUUUUCCUCUCUCUGGUGCCAACUGAUCAUCUCUCCUCUCCUGAAUGGGGUAAUUAGAAAUUGCAGACCAGAAGGAUAGUCCCCCUUCUUUGGUAUUUAUUUCGAAAUAGAGGGAUCGUGAAAGUGGUAUCCACCUCCUAUUUCCUUUUAAAAUACUCCGAGAUUUGCCUAAAAGUCAAAUUGCUGAGAUCUAUUUAGUUCUAUCCCUUUGGAAGUAUUUUUUGGCCUAGCUGUUUUUUUGGUCAAGUACAAAUAAACCUUAAUUUUAGUGUCAAAAUGAAUCGUCCGGCUCCUGUUGAGAUCACUUACGAAUGCAUGAGGUUUCUCAUCACUCACAAUCCCACCAAUUCACAGCUGACCAAGUUUACAGAGGAAUUGAAAAGCUUCGGAGUGCAGACGCUUGUUCGGGUUUGUGAUGCAACUUAUGACAAGACACCAGUGGAAAAAGAAGGCAUCGAAGUUUUGGAUUGGCCUUUUGAUGAUGGCUGUUCGCCCCCUGACCAAAUUGUUGAUGACUGGUUGAAUCUCCUCAAAUGUAAAUUUAAAGAUGAACCAGGCUGCUGCAUUGCAGUACAUUGCGUUGCAGGAUUGGGACGAGCUCCUGUUUUGGUGGCCAUAGCCUUAAUUGAGUGUGGGAUGAUGUAUGAAGAUGCGGUCCAGUUUAUUCGUCAGAAAAGGCGUGGGGCUUUUAACGCCAAACAACUUCUGUACCUUGAAAAAUACAAACCCAAGAUGCGCCUGCGCUUCAAGGAUGCCAAUGGUCAAAACUGCUGCAUUCAGUAGAGUAACAUUCAUCAAAGGACCUUUGAAAAUGGACACAUUUAUUAUUGCUAGUGUUGUUAUUAUCAGUUUUAGUUUGAUUAUUAUAUUGGACCAGGAUUUUACUGUAAUACAGUGCCAAGCACACAAACAGGUUAGUCAGUAUUAGUGUCUAGAUGGCUAUUUUUAACCCAACAACCAAAUCCAAUCUAGCCAAUCAUGUAAACUUACAGGCAAUGUGGUCUAUCACUAGUGAUGUUUUUCAUGGUAACAAACACAUUGGUAUAAUGAUUGAUGGCGGUUGUAAGUGUUUUAUGCCCUUUCUCUAAUACUUGGUGUUCCUGAUAUUGUCUGGAUUGUGUAACAAAACAUUCUGCAGUAACAAAACACUCAUCAGACUGCAUUGAUUAUGAAAAUUUCACUGUGUUGGUGCUUGUAAUGGACAGUUCUUGAAGUCUUUCAGCUUCUCCAAAGUUACAUAGGCACAACUACUGUAUCUAGUGCUAUAGAUAUUAAACAUUCCAAGACAUAUUCACAGGACUGUUGGACACUAGAGUUUGGUCAUCAGUACAAUGGAGGAAUUUAUGAAAUCCCAGAUUAUCCAAGAACACUUGGCCUUCUCCAAACUGAUUGUUGAAAUGUGUCAAAUCUGAAUAAAAAAAUAAAAUAAAAUAAAAAAUCUAAUAA